ACGGAAGGUUGAUGGAAAAUUUCUUUUUUUAUCAUAAUUGUCGUAGGAAUACUUAAGAUACAUUCAUACACAAACAGCAAACUUAAGAAAAAGAAAACUACAAACACAAAAAAAACAUUGCAAAGAAACUGCGUUGGUUUCGAUAAUCGGAUUAUUGUUGCCCCCCGGGAACCAUUUGGAAUAUGGGGGGUACGCAGGUGCCCCCGGUGCGCUGGAGAUUGAAGACACGUUACAAAAAUGGUAUUUGAACACUACUUAAAUGAAGUUUGAAGAAGGUAACGACGUUCUGCGGUAACGACGUGCCUGUUGAAUUUGUUCAGUAUUUUGAUUUUCCCCUUCGCAGCGCAACAACAAUACUGUUGUUGUUGUGCUGCAGGGAAAGUGCUUUUGUUAGAAUGAACCUUACACCGAGGCGUUGGAAGGAGGUAAAAAUGGUCGAUUGAUUUUUUGGGGUUUUUCUCUCUCUCUGUGUUUUUCAUUUUGCCAGCUCACGUGAACCACUAAACGACCAUAUCGGCGUACAGAGAUGCGGCGGGUUAGUAGAUGCUGCAGAAACAGCUUUUCUCAAGGACAUCCAACAACACCAGACCCAGCCAGUCAGUCAGUCAGCCAGUCAAUCACUCGGUCAGACUCAGUCGUGAAAUCGCAAACCACAGUAACAUAAUUGCCGUCCAAAUUGCCCACAGUAAAGCAAUUCUUAUCGCUAAAUGCAAUCCCUACUAGGCAGCAUGCAGAAAAAAGCUGGUAGAGGAGAAGGAGGAAGAGGAGGAGGAGGUGGGCGAGUAGGAAGAGAAAUGGUCCAACAAGCGCCACAGCAUUGAGAGUUACACCAAGUUGGUGCGAAGCAGACAGUGAUGGUGACUGGCCCGCAAACAGCAUCACAGACCACAUACCAUCCAUCCAUUGUGGUUCCGGGUUGCUGUUCUCAUCAAGCAAUAUUUGUUAAAAAAUAUACACUGCGUUGAUGAGCGGAAGGCCAAACAUCGCAAUAGAUCUGGGAGGAGGAAUGUCGAGGAUCAGAAUUGUACAACAACAAAAAACCCGCGCAUCAGCUACUUAAGCGAAGCUUUAAAAGGCACUUUUUUCUCUUUCUUGCGGACACCCAAAUUCACUUCUAGUGCUUCAGCACCGAUCGUGCGACCGAUCGAGGCCUAAUUUCGCUUUCUUGUUUUUAUUUCAAAAACACAGAAGUCAUCCAUCCAUCCAUCCUUCCACCGGGGACACCUAGUUCUCUACGUUGAUGUGCACACCGUGAUCGGUUCGUUGAGGGCGGCAAUGGCGCUGAAUCCAUUGCCCAACCGGAGCGCUCCGGUGAGGUGUUGUGCGCCACUCAGCUCAGUAGAGAAGCUAGUGUUGUCCCCCUCAAUCCUAGUGUCCGUACCGCUUUCUCAGCGGGAGUGGCGGGGGACACGAUUCGGCAUCGAGGAGUGGAUUUGGGUUCGAUGAACUACAAACUUGUACGGUGUUUUGUGUAUCUCGUUUAAGAAAAGGCUAACAUAUUAUUUAUUUAAAGCAACACACAGCAAAAGCCAACGAAACAUUAAAAUUCACAACAGGAAAUAGGAAAUUGCCACCGAUAUUCACAGCCUUUUCGUGUAGUAACCAAGUUUACUGGCCCACCCUUCCCUUUCUACUGCUACAAAUACUUAUUGCGUGAGUUGAUCACCGCUGAGAGUUUCGCUUCGAUUGCCAGUCGUUCGGUUCGAGGUUUAGCAGUAGGGCUAUCGAGCUUAGCAGUAAGUCCACCAGUAACACGAUAUGAAUGCAGUUCGAUCGAACAUCGGUCGUCACUGGUAGGGUGGGGCUCUGAUUCGAACGAUUGUGUAUAUUGUGAGCUAGGCAUUGAUGCUAGAUAUUGUGCAUUCAUUGAAGCUUUCAGGCGCGCAGGAAGGGGUUAGUAAUAAUUUGUCUUUUUGCCACUGGCAGACCCUCACUAGUAGAGGGAGGUGUGAAGGUAGAGAAAGAGAGAGAAAGAGAGAGGGCGAAGCGGAACGCGCUGAAUGAGAAAACAUGUGACCGAAAAAUGCAAAAUAAAAAGAAAAAUCAACCAACCAGAA